AUGAAGGCGUUACACUACCCCCGUUCCCGCAUGUUUGCUGCCUUGCUACUCCUCUUUUCAACAAUCUACUUCUCAGUGAAUACGACCGCGAAAUGUUACAAACCCAACGGAGAUCUCGCCCUCAAUGACCAACCCUGUUUCCCCCAGAACCCCGUCUCCUCGUGCUGUGGUGGUAGCACCUACGUAUGCUCGACCAACAACAUGUGCGCGCGCUACUCGGGCGAACACUUCGUGAUAGGCAGCUGCACCGACAAAACCUGGAACUCUCCCGCCUGUCCAGGCUACUACUUUUUCCAUCAUGUCCACAAUAGCGUCUUCCGGUGCUCCGCGGAUACGGACUACUGUGCGGAUAGGCCCUCCUACAACUAUACGACGGGGCAUCAACACCCAGGACAUCGGCGACUUUCUUCCCAGUACUCGGAUCUCGUCGGUUCGGCCGUCACACUCAACACGGCUGUCGCUACGAGCUCUCUCUUCACGCCUAUCGGGGCUUCUUUGAAAAAGAUCACCACUGUCCCGGUUUCGACAGCUGAGCUCAUCCACGACCCCCUUUGUAACUACGUCGUCGUCCUCGGGCUUGGAAAUCCCUGCGCGAACUUCCUCCGCUGCAGCAGAUGCUCCGACGCCUUCCGAAUCAACGUCAGACCGCAACCACGCCAUUACCAAAUCGGUCUAGGAGUGGGCUUAUCCCUAGGUGGUGUAGCCGUCAUCCUCCUUGUGUUACCCUGGUUCAUGUGGAGACGGUCGAAGCGAAACAAGCAUCCAAUAGAGGUCUCACAAACCCAGUAUCCGUACCAAACGCGACUUCCAGCUCCACCUCUACCUCCGCCCCAGGCUCCCGUUGAGGCCCCGGUCUAUCAUAAGCACUAUUCACGUUAUCCUUGCGUCAACUCGGCCGAGCCGCCGGUAUACGAGGCUCCUGGGCAUGGUAUAUGA